AUUCAGCGUCUUUGGCACUGUGUCAAUGGGCUUUACUUUUAGGGGCUCCGGAUACGCUUAGCCAUGUACCCUGACACUACUUAAACUGACUGGUGUCUCUUCGGUUGAGCAAAUCUGUCUCUGUUUCCUGAUCUCGCUCAAUCACCAUGGUAGUUUCUGAGCCCAAAUCUCCCUUUCUCAGAUUGCCUCCAGAAUUGAGGCUCGAUAUCUACAGCAGACUACUACUUCACGAUCCUCACUGUACCUUUUCAAUCGCCAAGCCCGCUUUCCUCCCUAUCUCGAUAGACUAUCAUGGUGGCCACCACACAGUAGACGUCCCAGAGCCCGACGCACUCACUCUUUGCAUCCGGGCUGAAGAUCCAGCCAACUACAAGUCGCGUUCUCCCGUACAUGUCCGCAGUGCCUUUAUCGUUCGCUCCGGUGGCAUGCGCCCUGGGUGUGUCCCAACGACAUACUUUGCCUUGAGCAAUACCGGCAUCCAUACCUCUCUGUUGCGAGCGAACAUGCAAAUCUACGCCGAAGCCUCUGAGCUUCUGUUUUCAAGCCAUGUCUUCGACUUCGAUCUGCACAUUGAAUCGCUUGUGGCUUUCCUCUCCGACCUGACGCCAUUCGCUCGCAAUUGCAUACGAUCAGUACGACUUGUCAAGCGUGCCUUGCCCUACGAGAAAGAGUAUUCGAAAGCGGAAUGGGCCAUUGCCAUGGAGUGGCUUGGACGACUUGGCGGUCUGAAAUCCUUGUCACUCGGUAUUGUUUGUGGAAGACCAGGUCCAGACGGCUGGGAUAUGAUUCCUGCUUUGAAUCUCGAGCAUUUUGACGUCCUCAAGGGUACCGAAGGCAUGGAAUGGAUGGAUGGUCUCCUGACUAUCAAAGGGCUGGCUAAUUGCAACGUUGAGCCUUUGGUUGUCCAUUGUCCGUUCCCCAAGAGCGCGGCAAUGGCACGUUACAUCCAAUUUUCUGCGAGCGUUGAUGAUGGGUCGUUUGCAGUGUGGUUGAAUGACAAGAUGGUUCGAAGUUAGAAGAUUGUUGUAGUUAGUACAAACUCCUGAGGAAUGGAAGGUGCCACUGCAAGGUUGGCUGGAGGAGGCCUUCGCUUGUCAGAACGCAGAGUCCUCUUCGAGCAGGAGCAAACAUCCAUUGAGAGCCCAUUGUGUCUUGCAUGACGAAGUGAUUCUCACCAGAGAUAACGCCUAUUUCGGACUGGACUCUGCGUUUUCGAGAUGGAUGUCAAGACGCCAAUUGAUGAUCUGCCGUGUGCCUCAUAGUGUACUUACCACGGGCCACGAGCUGCGCAGACUCAUCAUGUACGGCCAAAGUGGUACAUAUAGAGCAAUCAAA